AACACCGUAACCCGUAGGUAACAACAUAUAAUAACAUAAAUUGCCUGCCAUUUUCGUGCUAUGUCUAUCCGGCUGUACUGUGUUUUACAGUGCAAGUAAAACAUAAUAUUUUGCCGUCUCCACAGUCCAACGUUACCGUAUCAUUUUUUACAAAUUACGAUUUACGAUAUUCUGCCGUGUCUUCGCCGUUGUUAGUAUCGUGCCCCAAAGUCGUUCUUGGUGUCGUUUCAAUUCAACAGCCAAAAAGUGCCGCACGCUACAUUUUCCGGCAAUGUCCUCGUCGAACGUCGAACUGAUCGAUGACGAUUCUGGCAAAUGAAAUUCAGUAACCUGCAGCACUUAGGGGAACUUGUGGUAUUUGUGCAUUAAGCGACGUAUACAUCCUUUGUAUUGAGUAAUAAGAACUAUUAUUAUAAGAAUAUUGAUCUUUAAAUAAUUCAAUGUCCAACGACCAACAACACGAAGAAUACACUAUCAUAACAUCAACAGGAUCUAACAACCGUGGUCAAAUGUCUCAGCCACAUCUUACAUUUACACCGCCUACUCAAAUCUUUCGUUCUGAAUGGCAACGUUUCCCUGAAUUUCAUGCUUGGCUACGACCUAUUGAGGGUGAUGUGACCAAAGCCUGGUGCAUUGCUUGUGAACGUAUGUUUCGCGCUGAUUUAAAAUCACUUCGCGUGCACGGCGUGAGCAAAGCUCAUGUACGCAUGGUUCGUGCUCGUUGUCCUAAUGCUGAUGAUAACCCAGUUCCGCCAAUAGAGUAUAAUGUAGUAACUGAUAAAAAAGGUACUUAUGGUAUAGCUGUUGUGACAAACAAAGACGACAAGAGGUCAUUAGGAUCUAGAGCUUUAUACAUGAAUCAAACAAAUCCUACCGAAGAAAUAAUUACAUCUGAAAUGGCGGCACAGUCUCAACGUGACAAAUAUGUUGUAGUAUCAUUACCUAAUGAUGAUGAAGAGGAAAAUGAAGGCCAUCAAGCAUCUGGUUCAAAUACUCAAUAUAUACAAAAAGAGGUUAAUGUUAUUGAUGAGACUGGUAAUUUGGUGUCUGUGGUUACUGAACAUCAUGUACAAAAAAAUAAAGACAAUGAGGAUGACUAUGAUGUUGGUAUUCAAUCAAAUGACUACCACAGUACAUCAAAUUAUGAAAAAGUUGAUCAAAAACAUGAAGACGUACAAUGCAAAGCAAUAGUUUCAAAGCCUGCGCCGUUUUGGAAGGCUACCGCUGUUGUAAAUGGCCAUGUAACAGAAUUAAAACUCAGUGACUACAAUGGUCGUUAUUUAGUCCUGUUUUUUUAUCCUCAAGAUUUUUCUAGAAUUUGUCCGAGUGAAUUAAUUGCUCUUAGUGAUAGAGUAUCAGAGUUCAGAGCUUUAAACACUGAAGUAGUUGCAUGCUCAGUGGAUUCAUACCUCUCUCAUCAAGCGUGGUCUCGUACAUUACGAUCAGAUGGAGGAAUUGCCAUACCUAAAAUGCCAUUAUUAUCAGAUCCUACCCAUAUAAUAAGUAAAAGUUAUGGGUGCUAUUUGCCUGAACUUGGCCAUUCACUCAGAGCCCAUUACAUUAUUGACAUGCGGGGUAUCCUAAGACAUGUGACCAUUAAUGAUCUACCGGUUGGUCGCAACAUCGGCGAGAUCUUAAGACUUCUAGAAGCUUUCCAGUACACUGAUGAAACGGAAACCCUCUGUCCUGCCGAUUGGAAACCGGGCGAACCGACUAUUUCAUAACAUUAACUAUUAUUUAUAUUAUUAUUUUAAUUAUCUAUUAACUACUAUAAAAUUAAAUUUAUUUUGUAGCUCAUUAAUUUUAUGAUGAAAUAGAAAUAUUUACUGGAUAAUCGACUUGAACGUCUAAGUCUUAUUUACAUGCCUUCAUAGUGUAUAAUAUCUUCGACGUGUAUUUUUUAAAUAUUUACAUUUUUCAAGAACCUAUGUUAAGAAUGAUGAUUGUAUAAAAUUAAUAAAAUAAACAUAAAAAACAAUAUUUUUUUUAUUA